GUGGGUGUGUCUCGCUGCUUCCGCUUCCGCGGUCUCGCGCGAGGCGGUUCCGGUGUGAGGCGAAGCGCGGGAGCAGGCACCAUGACCUCGGCCUUGGAAAACUACAUCAACCGUACUGUUGCAGUAAUUACUUCUGAUGGAAGAAUGAUUGUGGGAACUCUCAAAGGUUUUGAUCAGACCAUUAACUUAAUUUUGGAUGAAAGCCAUGAACGAGUGUUCAGCUCUUCACAAGGAGUUGAGCAAGUAGUGCUGGGAUUAUACAUUGUAAGAGGUGAUAAUGUUGCUGUCAUUGGUGAAAUUGAUGAAGAGACGGAUUCAGCUCUUGACUUGGGGAAUAUUCGAGCAGAACCUUUAAACUCAGUUGUGCAUUGAAAAGAUGAAAAUGCACAGGGACUCUGUAAAUCUUUGGUUGUACAGACCUAUUUAAUAACGUUAAUGAUUUUUACAAAUUGUUUUUCAUUUGUUUAGUCACAAGUUUUUUAUUAUGAAUAUGAUGUAGUUUUGCAUGUAAAUUAAAGUUUCUAUGUUUUACUAAAGAUGCUUUUGUUGAAUUUCCUUUAGGGUUUCGUGCUGCAUAAUUUCUCUGUAAAAUGUAUACUGAGGAAUGCAAACAAUAUCAGUGAUUGUCCUGAUACUGUGUGUAUACCUUAUUCUUAAAAUAAGAUCUCAUUCCUAUAGGUAAACCAAGGCUUUUUGUGUUAACUCAGGUUUGUUUGGAGGUAGAUUUUAUAACAGUCAAUUUAACCAUCUCUAAAUGUAGUUUGGGCUCUAAGUAGAAAACUGGGGUAUGUGAAUUUUUUUUUUUUUUUUGGUAUGUGUGUGUAGUAUAGAAAGCAAGAACGUUAAAAGCUUUCACGGUCAAAUUAAUGACUUAUGCAUGUCAUAGAGAUCUUGGUGACUAGAAAACAAUGUUUGAUAAACAACUAAGACAGUUAGAGGUGCAGGAGUUCUUACUGCCUUAAUGCCUAUAGACAAAUUAAAUUGGAGAAAGAAAGAGCUUUGAGCCUAAAACCUAAACCAAAUAUACACUUCUGUUUGAAGUAGGGUAAAUUCCAGACCAACUCAUUCCCUAUCUUUUCCUCUCAGCAGCUGUCACACUGCUGAAAAUAUGAGUGAGAUCUAUAGAAAGAGGAUUGUGUUUUUGCUAAUGUGUAACCAUAGUCUUACUGGAGUGUAACUGAGAAGGCAUGAGAGUACUUUAGAUAGAGAAAUUAUUUCUUUUGAAUGAAAUUUGCGUUAAUACUGAUUAUAAGGAUCACACUUAUAGUAGACCUCUCAUACAUCAGCCAUAGCCAAGUUAAGUGCGACAAGGUCUGUGCAGUAUAGUGUGUUUUAAGCCACAUCCUAUUCAAUCGCCAGCAGAAAUACUGGUAUGGUGCUAGUGGGCGGAACUCGGGACUGCUGGAGUAAGCCUUUUUAUGUGUCCUCUAGUGUACCAACAGGUCAAAUUUUUUUUUUUUUCCCUCAUAUAUAAAUAUGCUGUUGGGAGGGAAGAGAAAAAAGUUAUUUUAAUGGGCUUUUUUUUCUUUUUUUUAGUAUUGAUUUUAGCUUAAAAUGGCUUAGCAUAAAAAAAACGCAGAGGCAAAGAGUAGAAUCAGGAUGGGCUGAUUUUUAAAUGUGCUCCUUAGCCUUGGAUGUGUUAGGAGAGUUAGAGUUGAAAUAUGUAGAUUGAAUACUUGUAGAAGCACUGGGAUGACUAAGGACUGAGGAAUUAUGUCUGAAGCUGAGUUCAUAGAAUCAUAGAACAGUUAGGGUUGGAAGGGACCUUAAAGAUCAUGUAGUUCCAAGCCCCCUGCCAUGGGCAGGGACAUCCCACUAAAACGUAUGGAGUUCUAGAAUGGUAAUGCAUACGGAGAGACAUUUGCAGUGCAACUCCUUGGUCCUCUAUUUGAAGACUUAAAAUAUGAUGAUGAGCUGAUGGUGAUAGUUGGAACUAUUUUCUCUAUGCCUGAAGUGAUGAUUUCAGAUGCAAAGCUGUGGAUUUAAGGUGGUGAAGCUGAUCAGUAAAAUCCAGGGACUGACCAGAUGAGAAUUCUGAAUAGUUCAGGAAUUGCUUAAGCAGGAAAAGCAUAAUCUGGAAAAUAAUAAUUUCACACAGGUGUUUAAAAUGCAGAUUGUGAACUUUGUCUUCUUCCCUUCAGGUCAGUGACCUUGGCUUCUUUCAUGCGCUUUUUGUGGACCUGUGAAAUUAUGUGUGGAGGGGUGGAGGGAGUUACAGCUUAAAGAAGUAAUGAUGUGUCUCUACUCAUGGCCCAGCCUAAACUUAGAACAUUUAAAGCAUCAAGAAAGAUAAGUUUAAACACCCUUUCAGGAAAGGAUCCUAACGAAAACUGGCUGUUCAAAGCCCUAAUAGGUUGAUAACGCAAUGUGUUGUCAGACUGAUGUAGGUAAAGGAUGGCCAAGUCACAGGUCUGACUGAGAUUGUGAGCAGUAACUCAGCACUGCCAAGAUGCAGCGUGCUCAGAGGCAAAGUUCUGUCUAAAGCCUUAAGACUGGCAGCUGUGGACUUUGCUUACCUUUAUGCUUAGACAUCAUCAAUGUGAAGCUUUUCUGUGUUGUGAUUUUUGGCUUACACCCAAAUUUUGGUCUGGAUUUAAGCAAAGCCUCUUCUGGAUAUACCAGUGAAGAAAUCAAAGCCAGGAGAUCUAGUCAGGUUUCUUGAAAUUGAAUCUAGGGUCUGAUAUGCUUUUAAAAGUUAUAAAAUGAAAUUAUAGCCCUAUGAACUUAUAAGGAGCUCUAAUCUGUAGUGGAUAAUGGUGGAGAGAAAGCACUCAGGAAAAUAGUAUUCGAUGCAGGAAGUUGAAUUGUAACCAGUCUGAAACAAUACUUUUGUUGAAUCAAGGCUGUAAUGCAGUCCAGUGGAAAAAUAGGUCACUGAUGAAAUGUAAUAAUUUUUAUAUCAUUAAUUUACUUUCAUAAAAUUAAUUAAAGUAGGAAAAGCAAGUGGGAUUGAAACAAAAAAGUGGACAUAGAGUGGUGGCCUUCUGUUAGUCAUUCUAAAAAGCAAGCUAGAGAAUGUUAGUCCCCGGAGGAGGAGGAAGAGUCUAGGGUGGAAUCUCGGUAAGUGGAGGCCGUGUAUGUAUCUUGACUCUUGGUGAACUCACACUGCAGCCAGUGUAGUAAAAGUGUUGAAAGUAGUAAAGAGGUUAAACAUAGAGGAAAUGCAGUAGAGCUGAGUUUUUGGGAAGAACAGUUAUGUCCUCAGGUGCCAAAGAGGUAUGAAAGAGGACUGGAAAGGAAAAGGAAAAAGAGCACCAAAGAUCAUUCUUGUGUGGUGGGCAGGGGUCUACCAGUCAGUGUGUGACAGCUGGCUGGGGCAAAGGUUCUCCUUGCCGUUUCCUACUGAUUAAGGAGAUGUAGCAAAGCAAGUGUCUUGUAGGAGAUGAGGAGUAGUAUUGCCUGCAAAAAGCCUUUGCUUUAUUCUUGCUGGGGGGGAAAGUACUCUCAAAAAAAAAAAAAAAAAAAGAAUAAGUCUGUUUUCAAACUUGAAGGCACUCCCAGCACGUUCUGACUGCUGUGGCUCUAUGACUGUCAGCUGAUUUCUAGGGUAGAUGAAGAGCUCUGCUGAGACAAGAUUGUAGUCCAUCGUGUUCUUGGGAAAUGGUAUUUCCUGCAGAAAGCCUAGAUUAAAGAUCCAAUAAAUAACAGGUGAUGUUCAGAAACAUUCAAUGAGUCCUUGCAGAAUAAUAAACCAAUUUCACAAAAAUGAGCAGGGCAGAGAAGGGUGAUGCUAAGGACAACAGGAAGUAAAGCUGAAUUGGAGGUAAUUGUCAUAUUUCAUUAGGCUUCCUUCAUUGCCCUAGGUUGGGCACUUCCUCCUUUUGUUUGUUUAGUAAGGGUCUUGGAGUGAAAGGACAAGUCUUGACUAGUACUGGAAAAGGAUGCCUCCAGUGAAUUGAUUGACCUAGCUUAUAAAGAGAUUAAAGUUAUUUGAUGUGCAUGAAGCAACGCAGAAGUCACCUUCUGUGGUCCAAGGGCAACUUCCCUAAUUGUAAUUCAUGUGAAGAGCCUCCAUGUCCACCUCAUAUAUUUGCGAUCUGAGUUCUUAAAAUAUUACAUGGUGUACAGGCAGGUUACUGGGUUGAAAGAACAUAGAUUGUGUUUUGAGGACUUAUUCUGACAGUGGAGAAUUUCUGUACAACUCAACCUAUUAACUAUAGCCUGUUAUCCUUAGUCACUUGAGUUAGUGUUUAUUCUUCAAGGAGUUGUAUAAGUAAAGCAGCUGGGAGAUAUAUCAAACACACUGUGCUAGAUCUGAAGAUAAAUAACGAGUGGCUUGUAUGAUAGAUUUGUCACAUGGCCAUCACCUUGCUACUUUGAUAGUGAAUGUACCAGAUCUGUAUGCUUGAGUGGGUGCUUUGUGCCUGUGGUAACAUAAUUCCACCUCGUGGUCCCUGCUGCACGAAGCUGCACUCGGCUAAGAAUUUUAUUCUGCAUAUUCAUACAGAAAUGAUCCUAAAUACCAGAGUUGUGUUCUCCUUACAUCAGUAAGGAAGGGUUUAAUUUAUUCCACUGUUAGUGUGACAAAUACCAAGCCAUGAGCUGUUUAUCCUUUAGGAAUUAGAUGACAAUGACCAUGAAGGCACUUGGAAACUAUGAAUGUGAGUCAUGCCGGAGAGGUCAACAUGGUUUGUUCUAGGUAGUUACAUUUGGUCUAUGGUACAUUUUGGCACAUAUGUAUGCAAGUUACUAGUUUUUACUAAUUGUGUUUUUAUUUCUCCUUCCCAGUUGUGGAAAUCCUGAAAAUAAGUCUGGAUUUUAUUUUUAAGUGGAAGAGAUUUCUUGAGUAACAGUAAAGUUGCAGAAAAGCUGUGUCAUAUCAAUUAGUCUUAGUUUCCCUGUUGCUUAAAUAAUAAAGUAUACUUUAUGUAUCACAUAUUCACAGACAAAAAUCCACAAAACUCAGAUGUGCCAUAAGGUGAUACCUGCCUAGACUAAGCCUUAAGGUGAGGGAGGGAAAACUUGUACCAGGCUUAGGUUAACAUAUGACUGGAGAGUAAAGAGCCAGGCAUUUAUCCUGGAAAUCUUGUUGCAGUGUGCUCUAUUUUGUCUUAGGGUCCUUUUCAGUGGCCUUUUCUUGUACCAUUAACAACAUUUUCCCUGAAGAAUUGUUCAGAAUAUUCCCCGAAGAAUAAAAGCUCCACUGACGAAGGUGGAAGUCAAUGCUGAAUACGCAAUAGCAUUCAGACUUUCACCAGGAACUAUGCUAGCACUAAAAGCCUGACCUUAUCUAGGCAGUAAUAUUUUCCUUCCUGGAGCUUUGCGGGAUGUUCCAGAAACUCUGGAAAUUGGGUCGAACAGUGUGGUGCUGUCAUUCAGCCUUACAUCAGUACCAGCACCACCCAAGGCCAAGAAAUCUUGCUGAAUGCUGAACUUGCCUGCUACUUGCACUUCUAUCUAAAAGGUGUUCAGGACUGGAGGGAGCACAGUGGCUUGUGUACGUACUGUUUUGUCCACUAAAACAUCUUUAAUAGUUGUGUUGCCAUCUUCUUCUUGGUUUGUGCUCUAGAUUUAUCUUCUCUUUAAUUUGGUGUCUGUUUUUCCAGCAGUGAUUACAGUGCUCUCCAUAGAAAUGGAAGUGGAAAUUAAACAGGUGGAGCAAUUGUAGAAGCUGGAUUUGAAUCCAUAGCAAAUAGAAGCAAGCCAGGUAGAAACUUGUGGAACGUGGACAAAGUUGGGUUUUACAGCAGUGCUUAUAGUGAAGUUCUCUAACACAUACAAUUAUUGUGCAUUACAAGAAAUACUGAGAGAAUGUUUUCUGACAAUUUCUACUCAGAAAUAUUUUAAGACACGAGAAUUUUAUAUGGAAGAUACUCAUACUAAAAUGUUAUUCUUAAAUUACGGUCCUUGCUUUGGAUUUUUGUGGAAAUCUUUGGGAAUUCUCACUUGUAUAAUUUCAAACUUCAGUUCUGCUUAUGAUGCAGAUGGAAGCCUGUAUGCAGAUGAAUGCUAUGAUGUUUCUGCAAACUGGCCAGAGUUGCUGGUGGUGGGUGGCAAGGAUCUGCAGUGUUUGCAUUGAUGGAACAUGCAGGUGACCUAGUGUUCUCAGAUACAGGGGACAGAUUGCCAAAAUUGUGUUCAAAGCAACAGGCAUGCAGAAGACCAGGAAAAACGCGCAGCAAUAAAAACUCUGGUUAUUUGCAACCAUUUCAAACUCAGUUUAUAGCAUUUCAAAUCAAUAAAAACCUGUUCUUGCCAACUGCUACUUAAAUACCACUUAAUCUCAUGUACACAGGCUGGAUUUAUGGGAGUUCUGUUUCGCAGUGAGUUGAAGCACUGAACAGAAGCCAAGGCAGGAAGUGAUUAUGGCUAAGGAGCUGAUGCUGAUUGAAAAUGUGUGAUGCUGGGGAGGAAAUGGCAUACAAUAGAACCUCAGCUAGCUUGGAAACAGAUUUCAAAAACAGAGCACAUUAAGAUGUAAACAGUCAAUAGGACUGAGUCCCACCUUACUCCUAACAAUCAGAUCAUUAGCAGUAGGAACGUGCAGGAUAAUUUCCAUGAUUAAACUGCAGGUGCAAAAUGCGUGAAAGUGCAUGCUCAUCAAUGCCAAACGGAAGGAGCCAUUUUGCUUUUUGGCAUGUUUCUUUUACGGCUUGUCCUAACUUAUCCUGGAUACAAGCAUCAGGCAUAAAUGCAGCCUAAAUCUAGGAAGUGCAAACUCAAGGUCUUCGAAAAGGCAGGCUUAAGAUUCUUUUGUGUAACUGUGAUGGCAUAGAAUGGCUCUCUGGAAUUGCACUUCUGAUUUUCGAAAGUGCUUGCCUGAAAAGUUGUCAGCUCACAUUCAACUGAAAUUGUCAGGAUCUGAGUGGAAACAGUCUCUAAUGAGAACAGGAACAGAAUUCAUAUAUUUGGUUGCAUUCCCUAUUGUUAUACUUUAAGUGAUGAUUGUAACAUGAGUUAAGGAGACAGCUUCCUGUUUUAUCUAGAGACUCCUUUAACAUCUUCCAUAGUUUAUAACAUCCAUC